AUGGCGAAGGCGUGCGUGCGCAUAGGAGGAUUCGUGCGGCGCGCUGGGUUGAAGGACGUCAAGGCGUUCGUCGAGGGGAAGAACGGCGCCGUCAACGUGCACGGCGAAGAGCAAGCGGCGCUGGACGACGCCGCGCACGAAGUGUGCGUGAAAGAAUUAAUACAGGGAGGGCGAUGCGCGUGGAUCGCGAGCGAGGAGAGCGAAGAUAUCGUCACCGCGAACGUCGACGGACGAAUCGCCGUCGUUUUCGAUCCUUUGGAUGGAAGCUCGAACAUCGAGUGCGGCGUCGGCGUCGGGACGAUUUUCGGGCUCGUCGACGUCGGCGCGGAAUCAUCGCCGGAGCACGUGUACGCGCGUCCCGGACGAGACAUGUCUACCGUCGGUUACGUUUUGUACGGCGCGUCGAUGGUGCUCGUUUUGAGCUUCAUGUCGGAGGACGCUCACGGCGGCGUGUGCGCGUUUACGUACGACGCCGAUCGCGACGCGUUCGUGCUGACGAAGCGCGAUAUUCGGAUUCCCGAGAGCGGCAACGUGUACAGCGUGAACCAGGCGAACUAUAAAAAGUGGGACGACGCCACGCGAGCGUACAUUGAUGAGUGCGCGAGCUCAAAAUCUCUUCGCUACAUCGGUUCCAUGGUCGCAGACGUGCACCGCACGUUGCUCUACGGCGGCACGUUUCAUUACCCGGCGUGUUCGUCAAACGCUCAAGGAAAGCUUCGCGCCGUGUACGAAUGCUUUCCCAUGGCUGCCAUAAUAGAGCGCGCGGGUGGUCUGGCUAUAUCUGGCGCCAACGAUAGCGUGUUGAGUUUCGUUCCGUCCACCGCGCACUCGCGAAUGCCCUUCCACUGCGGCAGCGCCCGAGACAUCGAGCGUCUGGAUGAAAUCCUCUCGAGCGAAGUCCGGGCGGGGAAGAAAGGACGCGUCUCCUCGCCGUCACCGCGAUGA